AGUAUUCUUCAUUUCUAAAUUUACAUUCUGUUCUCUCUCAGAUUAAAUAUAAAAAGUCCACCGAUUUUUUCAUCUCUCCAAAUCGCGAUUGAUACUGUUUCUCUUCUUUUCACAUUUUUCACUUGUCGUCGUGUAUUACCUUACCCUGCUUAUCACGAAAUAGCUACAUUAUCUAGAUGUCGUCCUCUGUGCCUAUCCCUUCUGCUUCAUCACCCAGCACAACAUCCAGCGGCGACUCCGGACUCUUGGCCGUUGAAUCGCCUACUUGGCUCCCCAACUUUGCUGUUCCAUCGGGUGUUGCUACAAGCUACCAAACGAGUCGCAAUACGGAUCCUACAUUGUCUACAGCAACGCUCAACUUGACUGCGUAUCCCGAGCCAUGGGGUACGCCUACGACCGAUCAUGCUGAGGUCCAAGCUGUUAUUAAUGCCAUUGAUUGGAACCAUGUGCCCAAUGCGACUGUCACUAAGGCGGGUUCCAACGGCGACUUGGACAUGUCUGGUUAUGACGCUGGUACCGAUCCUUACUGUUGGUGGUCCGACACCAAUUGUGUCAAGCCCAAAGUGUCUUACUUGCCCGAAGACAUCUACUAUUGUCCCCGCCCUGGUGAUUGGGGCUUGACCUAUGAUGACGGUCCUUUCAAUAUCCCUGAUACUGGCAAUGCUUCGUGGGCUGAACCCCAUCUGUACAACUUUCUUGCUGAGCAUAACCAAACUGCUACACUCUUUUAUAUCGGUUCCAAUGUAGCCACUUACCCAGCUGCUGCUCAACGCGCUGUCAACAACGGCCAUGUGAUUUGUAUACACACAUGGUCGCAUCCUCAAAUGACUGCACAGACAGAUGAACUUGUUGUUGCCGAGCUUUAUUGGUCGCUCCGUGCAGUGAAGGAAGCCACCGGUGUGACACCUAGAUGCUGGAGACCUCCCUAUGGCGAUGUUGAUGACCGUGUCCGCGCUAUUGCAUGGCAGAUGGGUAUGCGUACCAUCAUUUGGGACGAGGACACAAACGAUUGGGAUAUGCCUGGUGAUGGCGGAGGCAGCUUGAGCCCCGAUACAGUCGAUGGCUACUUUGAAGGUUGGGUUGAGGCUCGCAAGAACGGUACUGACAACCAACAAGGCCACAUUAUUCUUGAGCACGAAUUGAAUAACUCCACUGUCUCCAUGGCUGAAAAAUGGUUGCCCACGCUCCAACAGACGUUUAAUGUCGUUACCGUACAAGAAUGCAUGAACAUCUCACAGCCUUACUGGGAAACGUCGUGGGUGUACUCGACCGAGGCUAACCCUACCAUCUCAUCUUCGAAUACAACUGCUUCGUCGUCGUCAUCCACAAGUGCAGGAGCUGCUGGAACAAGCAAUGCAAGCGCCUCUGGGGAUGCAUCGCUUGACAGCAUGGCUCCGGUUCAUUUGGUUCCUUCUUUGCAAUUGUUUGUGCUUUUGUUACUGGCAUUUAAGUUCCUUCGCGUUUUCUAAUAAACAAUCACAAAGCAUAACUACGAAGGAGUAGUAGUACUGCUAAUGCUAUUACCCAUUUUUUUCUUUAUUGUUUGUCUAUUAUCUCUAUAAUAAUGGCUCUUGAUUUUUGUCUAUUAGCAGCACAUGCAUAUGAUAACACUCUCCUUUAUCGAUCAAAUGACUUCCUUUUCUUCUCUUUCCCAUUAUCAUCCCCUUCUGUAUUACAUACAUCAAUUUAUGCUAUAUAUCAAACCACCAAAAGUAACACGAAUUAAAUCUUGAUGACUUUGCAGUAUGAUAGAUAAUAAAUGGCGAAACCUUUUCUGCG